CCGGAGCGGCGGAGCCUUUAGGGCAGCUGGACGAGCCCAGCGUCAGGCAGCGCCACGCCAUGCCAGCGGGCUGAGCGCCGCCGCAGGAUCUUGUCCCGCCUCGUGUGGGGUCAGUGCGCGCCCGGGCCAGGGCCCCGGCGGCCGACCAUGGUGCUGCCUCCCCCGGACCGGCGCCACGUGUGCCUGACCACGCUGGUAAUCAUGGGCAGCAUGGCUGUCAUGGACGCGUACCUGGUGGAACAGAACCAGGGUCCCCGCAAGAUCGGCGUGUGCAUCAUCGUACUGGUGGGCGACGUGUGUUUCCUGCUGGUGCUGCGCUACGUGGCCGUGUGGGUGGGCGCCGAGGUGCGCACGGCCAAGCGCGGCUAUGCCAUGAUCCUUUGGUUCCUCUACAUCUUCGUGCUGGAGAUCAAGCUGUACUUCAUCUUUCAGAACUACAAGGCGGCGCGGCGCGGUGCAGCCGACCCGGUGGCGCGCAAGGCGCUGACGCUGCUGCUGUCGGUGUGCGUGCCUGGCCUCUUCCUGCUGCUCGUUGCUCUUGACCGCAUGGAGUACGUGCGCACCUUCCGCAAGCGCGAGGACCUGCGCGGCCGACUCUUCUGGGUGGCGCUCGACCUGCUGGACCUGCUGGACAUGCAGGCCAACCUGUGGGAGCCGCCACGCACCGGGCUGCCACUGUGGGCCGAGGGCCUCACCUUCUUCUACUGCUACAUGCUGCUGCUGGUGCUGCCCUGUGUAGCGCUCAGCGAGGUCAGCAUGCAGGGCGAGCACAUCGCGCCGCAGAAGAUGAUGCUGUACCCGGUGCUCAGCCUUGCCACAGUCAACGUGGUGGCCGUGCUGGCGCGAGCCGCCAACAUGGCGCUCUUCCGCGACAGCCGCGUCUCGGCUAUCUUCGUUGGCAAGAACGUGGUGGCGCUGGCCACCAAAGCCUGCACGUUCCUUGAGUACCGCCGCCAAGUGCGUGACUUCCCGCCACCUGCUCUUGCACUGGAGUUGCAGCCACCGCCUCCACAGCGCAACUCGGUGCCGCCUGCUCCACCGCUGCACGGCGCUCCUGGGCGUCCCCAUGGGCCCUCACCCACGCGCGAUGCGCUGGACACGUGACAGGGUCUCGCAGGUCCCCUGGUGUGGAGAGACUCUGGACCAGCAGGGCGAGGCUUGCAUGGGAUGGGGUCGGGCGGGCUCCCUUUGGGGGCAAGUACGGAGAACGCCUGUGCUGUGCCCGGGGCUGCCUCGGCUGCUUCUUCAUCUCAGGAAUCCCUCGGACCACGGACCCUCAGUCCCCACUCCACCAGCCCGCCCCAGCGGGUGAGGCAGUCUGGGAGGUCGGGGGCCCAAAUGGAGGUGGCUUGGCCCCUGCCUGCUGGGCCGCCGGGGUGGGAAGGGAGAGCAGUGUGAGCGGAUAUCUGGGCCCUUGGUGGGGGCCUCUUGGGGCCAAGGAGGCCUCUGUCAUUUUAAAGACUAGUGUUUACAGUUUUGUAUGCAAAGC